UACCAGCAUAAUUAAUAAAUGAUCGUUCGAUAAAUUGGGUUUGCAUCGAACACUAGGCAAAUAAUGAAUGACUAUUUUCUUAAGUAACUAUCCCAUACGGGCUGUAUUUGCAGGAUCGCACAUUUUUUCGCUUGCAGUAAUGAUGUAAAUAAUGUAAAAAGAAAUAAUCUACAAAUAUCAGAAUUCUGUAAGAUGGUCGGGAUAAUUUUUAAUUAUUACUCCACGAUCAUUCAGGCCAAUUUAUUUUGGAAUCGAAUGUCCUAUUUUUAAACAUACUACAGGAGGCAUUGGUGCAGUGCAAUUUAUACUCCCUUCAAUGUGAACAGUAAACUAGCUGAACGAAAUUUCUAACUGAUGACUAGCCACAAAUACCAUGGAACAACAAGUGAUCACAGAUAUGUUGAACCUUCAUUUGGAAAGAAAUAAUCUUUCAAAGGAUGGCUCAAGGAGUUGGUUUGUUGGGGGGUCUCUGUUAGGAGGACGAGGACUUUUUGCCACAACAGAUAUUGCAGUUGGAGAGCUUGUCUUUGUGGACGCUCCACUGGUAGUUGGGCCUAGAACACGAGAUAAGCAUUUGCCGCUCUGCAUCGUCUGCUAUAAGACCGGUUGUCCUCUGUUUCCUUGUGACAAGGGAUGCAGCCUUCCAAUUUGCUCCUCUGCCUGUGAACUCUCAGUUAAACACGACGCUGAAUGCUCUCUCCUUCAAGCAUGGAAACCCACUUGCGGUUCUUCUUGGUCUAUUGACUUACUUAGAGCACUAGUUCCAAUCAGAGCACUUCUAUUAGACGAGCAACAGCGAGAUCUAGUUUACACUCUGCAGUGGCACUCCGGGCCUCAGCAUGGUUCAGAGAUAGAUCUUUUAAAGAGCAGUAUAAAAAUUCAAAUGAAUCAAAUAGAGGAACAGUUCAUGAGACGAGUGUGUGCAGUAAUGGAUACUAAUUCGUUUGAAACAGCUGCAAUAGUUGGGGAGUCUGUCACAAGCUUGCGAGGCCUAUACCCAAUGGGUGCUAUGCAGAAUCAUUGUUGUACACCCAAUACUCGUCAUUAUUACGAUUCUCAACAGAGAUUAUAUGUAAUAGCUGCUAUUCCCAUUAAGAAAAACGAGGAGAUAACUAUGACUUACACAGAUUUGUUUUGGGAUACAACGUUAAGAAGACGACAUUUAGCUGCCACUAAACAUUUCUUCUGCACAUGCAGUAGAUGCACUGAUCCGCUAGAAAAUGGAUCUUUGCUUGGAGCAUUGCGUUGUGCUCGUAAGGAGUGUUCAGGAAUUUUAGUCGCUGUUGAACCUUUAGAUACUUCAACAGUGUGGGAGUGCAGAGAAUGUGGAUUACGCCUGAAAAACAGACAAAUUAUUUCAAUUCGAUCAGCUUUGGGAAGUAUAGUUGAAGAGAUGAUAUACAAAAGUCCUAAGCAGAUGUUGCGAUUCAUGAAAAGUGAACUGUCGGUCUUGGUACCUGCAACAAAUUACGUUGCAGUUGAUAUGAAACUGAGAAUAAUAUCUUGUCUUGGAAGAACCGAGAAGUUCUUGUGGGAAGAUUUGACAAAGGAUGAGCUCAGCAUCAAGGAAAAAUACUGCAGGGAUUUAUUAUGCUUGAUUGAGACUUUAAAAUGUGGCGAAUGUAAGAUGAAAGGCUUGAUCUCUUAUGAGUUGUAUAGUACAUUGAUGGAGCUGAAUAAACGCCAAUUUAAUGAAGAAACUAAUAUUGAGAAGUCUGAGUCACAGUUUCAGGUGAAUGAAGAAAGUAAGAACCUGCUUAAGACUGCGAUAUUGAUAUUACAAAAUGACUUAACUGCUCCCAAAGAUUUGUUGUCUCUUGUUUCUGGUAUGACAAAAAAAUAAAUAUAAAUUAAUUAUGAAGUUGUGAAUAUUAAAUUCACAUUCACAUGCUUCGCCCACAUUCAAAUUUAAUGACCUAUUCUAGAACCGAAACUAAUCUGAC